CCGGUCUGAGGUCAACUUCUCGCCCUGGUGGAGCAGGCACCGAGGCCCAACAAGAUUGUAUGUCGGAAUCCACCCAACGCUUUGUGCCAUACAUGGCCGAUGUCAUAGUUCUGGGGCAGCACCAUCCAGAGAAUCUGCUACUCCACUAUGGCCUCUGUUUAGUAUAUAAGGCAAGCAGCUUGCCGGUAUCAACGGUCGACCUCCUCGCACCUUGUUCUUUGCAUUCCCACCGAUCUUCAAUCUCCACCUCUCUGCUCUAGAGUGAACAGGCCUACCCACUUCAAAGCUUGUGUCAACCACAGAAUCUUCCAUACUAGGUUUCUGCCUGAGUGACCCCCGCGAGAAUAGCCUUUUGAGGGACGAGCUUUCCCCGGUUCAAACUCUCUUUGUCGUGCUUUCCCUUCGGACGCAUACCCGAGAUGUCUGUACACCAGGCUAUGCCGAGUGGCGGAAGCCACGUCCGCCGACUGUCGAACAAUUUAGUAGAGCCCACCGACCUGGUUUGCCACCGGAACCUGGUUAUUCCCCCGCAACACCUAAUGGCAACAAGCGAAGCUCAAGAGACCGCCGUGGAGAUGGAACUGGCGAAGGAACACCUCGAUUACGACAGCUCUUCGCAGGAUGGCUCGCUCCUUGCCGAGUCGCCCCUAACCACGCCGCUUUUCCCAACCACUAGCACCACUACAGACGAGUUUGCCCUAGCUUUCGAUAUCGAUGGUGUCCUCAUCCGAGGAGGAAAACCUAUCCCUGCUGCUGUCGAGGCUAUGAAAUACAUCAAUGGAGCGAACCCUUACGGCAUCAGAAUUCCCUAUAUCUUUGUCACGAACGGCGGUGGAAAGACAGAGGAAGAACGAUGCGUAGACCUCAGCAAGCAACUCGAACUUGAGGUCUCCCCCGGCCAGUUCAUCUGCGGACAUACCCCGAUGAGGGAGAUGGCGGAAAAAUACAACACCGUUCUCGUCGUUGGUGGAGAGGGUGAGAAAUGUCGAGUAGUAGCUGAGGGCUAUGGCUUCAAGGACGUCGUGACACCUGGAGACAUUAUCAAGACCAAACACGACACUACCCCGUUCCGGAAACUGACAGACGAAGAGUAUCGGAAUUCGCGGACUCUAGACUUUGAGAAGCUGCGCAUCGACGCAAUUUUCGUCUUUGCGGACAGCCGCGACUGGGCUGGUGACCAACAGAUCAUCCUAGAUGUCCUCAUGUCCAAGAACGGCAACCUCCUGGAGCGCUCAGAUACUCUUGACGAGCACCCACCUGUCUAUUUCUCCCACAAUGACGUUGUUUGGGCCACCUCUCACCAUCACUCCCGCAUUGGCAUGGGUGCCCUUCGCGCUUCUUUGGAAGCCCUGUACAAAGCAGUGACCGGAAAGGAGCUGCAUACAGUCGCCUUUGGCAAGCCUCAACUCGGUACCUACGAGUUUGCGACUCGACUUCUUCGGCAAUGGCGCAAAGAUACCCACGGUAUCAACAAGCCUCCUAGCACUGUCUACUUUGUUGGAGAUACUCCCGAUUCCGACAUUCGCGGAACCAACGAAUUCAACGAGCACAGCGACUCCAAUUGGUUCUCAAUUCUAGUCAAGACUGGUGUUUACCAAGAGGGUACCAUCCCGCGCUACCCGCCCAAGAAGACCUGCAACACUGUUCUCGAUGCCGUCAAAUUCGCUAUGGAGCGGGAGCUCCGUUCAAAGUCGGACGUAUAACGGCUGAUCCAUCACCUAUUUUUCCUUUUAUUUCUCCUCACGAAGCAUGAUUAGAUUGAGACACAUCAUCUCGGACGGCUACACUAACUUCAUUUCUUUACAAUACCCCAUUAUCCUUACUACCUUUCCUUUUUGGCUAGACGAAUAGUUACUUUUCUCUCGUUUCACCCCACCCGGAGGACAUUUGAACUGCAUGUUUUUCCUGCUUAAUCCAUUCGUUCUACUUCACAUUAGCUACGGACUGGGAGUUACUUAGAUAGUCUAGACACUACUUGCUAGUUGCGAAUUCGACUUGCUUUAUUUCAAUCCA